CUGUUUAUUUUGUCAACUUCCGAAGUGGGAGGAAGUUCGUCUGGUGUUCUAUGGUGUCUCUGCUGUAUCCUCAGUGUCCAACGCGAUCAAAACACUGUCCCAUCUGCGCUGAGUGCCUGCGCUCUUCAGCAUGAGCCGAAAGAGAAACCACUGCUAUAUGGAAACAGGCCCGUCCUCGGAGUCCCAGGCCGCCUUUAUGGACAACGCGGGGUCCUUCAGCCGAGACGAGGAGGAUUUGUCCGAGCUCGAGCCCGACGAGCAGCUGGUGUGCUCGGUGACCGAGAUCACGGAGCACCUGGGCAGGAACAUCACGGUGGUGCUGGAGUCCGCGCUGUCCGAGAUACGCAAGCUGGUCAGCGUCCGGAUCAGAGUCCUAAAGAUGGAGCUCCGCGAGAAAACCGACGAGAUCGAGCUGCUCAAAGCCAAGCUGGAGUCGACGGAGAAAGACGGGAGGGGGUCUAACUCCAGCAGCCUGGACUUUAGGAAAGCAGAGCAUCAACCGGGCCAGAAACACGGCGCCGACCCGAAGAAAGCCAAACCCGGGACGCCCGUGGUGAAGAAGGAGAACAUUAACGCGAUCUGCGACUAUCUGAUGAAGGAUAAGAACCAGCGGGGCGCUGCUGAAGUGGAGAGCGACCACAGCAACCAGGCCUUUGGGUCCGAAGCGCAGCCGCACGCGUCUCUGAGCCUGUGGACGGACAGCGGAGCCGCGGACACCGACGCUGACACGGACAUCUUCAGCAUGCUGCCGUCCGCGAGCAAGCGCAUGUAUGACUAUGAGUGGAUGACAGGAGUCGAGCUCAACUCAGCUGAGUUUAAAGGUGAUACUGAAACAAAAUGUGAAGAUGUUCCCACUGUGGAUGACGAGGAUGAAACCGAAGACUCUGAAGGAGGAAGAGGAAGUCUGAGGUCAGUGUCUGACCAUUUUCCUCUGGACACUCAGGGCUCCCCGCAGGAAGACAGGAGCAGCCCGGCGGAGGACAGUAUGGACAGAAUGGAGCCAGGUCAGCAGUUCUCCUCUCACACCUUCAUCUGCCCCUUCUGUGGAACCCUUUGCCCUGACUCCUCUUUCCUGGAGGAGCACAUCAAACUCAUGCAUCACGACGAGAGCACUCUGCAGUCGGCCCCGGGCAGUUCUUCCUCUCGCGGAGAGGGCGACUCGGGCGAGGCAGGCCGAGCUCUGGGAGGUACAGAAAGACCUGUUGGCCGGGGGGCACGGGAGAAGAAGGUGGAGGGCGGAUAUGAGUGCGGCGACUGCGGGCGCCAUUUCAACUACCUGGGCAACCUGCGGCAGCACCAGCGCAUCCACACUGGGAAGCCCUUCGUUUGCCCCGAGUGCGGAGAGCGUUUCCGGCACGCCGCACGUCUCAAGAGCCACCGCCUCAGCCACAGCGGAGCCCAGAGCCCCUUCCCCUGCCCGCAGUGCGGGAAGGGCUUCCCAGUGCUGUCCGGACUGAAACGCCACCAGCGAGUGCACACGGGAGAGAGUCCCUACGCUUGUCCCCAGUGCGGACGCAGAUUUAAAGAGCUGGGCAACUUAUACACACACAUGCGCAUUCACAGCGGCGCUACGCCCUACUCUUGUUACCAGUGUGGGCGGAGCUUCAGGCAUCUGGGCACAUAUAAGAGUCAUCGCUGUAUGCCGGCUACCCAGUUAGCCAGUGGCCACAGUCCAGCAUGGGCACAGGAAGACAAGGUGCAAACCGGGUAACAGCCGAGUGACAGAUGUUUACAAAAAGUGGUUUGAUAGUUCCUCGACUGCUGGUUCAGGAUCCAUUUCAAGUCCGAGAUUUGAGAGAGGUCGUUAUGACAAUAAAACAACAUCAGGUUUCAUCGUAAAUAUGAAGCUGUAUGAAUAAGGACAUCUUUGUCAUUCAAGUUAGUUAACGUCAUCUUUAACGGUAACUUGCUGCUUGUUAAAUGUUCGUUUUUUGAAACAUUUUGCAAUAAUUUCUUCCAGCGUCAAACAUAAAAGGUGUUUGAGUGUCCAUACACAGUAUUUCAAGACUGCACUAAAUAUCAUUUGAUGUGUUUUAAUUGUUCAUUUUUUAAAAUUCAGAUUUUUUGUAAAAAGUGAUUCUGACUCUGUUUAGAAACAGAUAACAGGGCCUCAGGGCCAGAUUAACAGAGUGAAAUAUGCCUUAUUUCUAACUAAUUCAACAAUAGUGAGUCUUUUAAGUUAAAUAAUUAUAUAUUAAUAAUGAUUCAACAUGACAUUCCCUUACCCUUACAAAAAAGUACCAUAGUGUGAGAUUGUAAUACAACAUUAUUUAGAUAAAUACCUAUUGUAUUGAAUAAUUUCCAUAUCUCAUGUACACUAUCAUUCAAAAGUCUAGGGUCGGUAAGGUCAAAAUGCUCAAAAAUACAGUUUAAAUGGUAAUAUUGUGAAAUAUUGUUACAAUUUAAAUACAUUUUAAAAAUGUAAUUUAUUCGUGUGAUGGCAAUUUUACUCCUUCAGGAUUAAUCUAAUGUGCUGAUUUGGUGCUUAAGAAUCAUUUCAUAUGAUCAAUUUUGAAAACAGUUGUGCUGUAUGUUUCUGAAAACGGUGAUACGCUUUCAGAUUAUUUAAUUAGAAAUGGGUUUUUUUCUCAUUUUUAGAUCAACUUGAUGCAUCCUUGUUAAAUGAAACUAGGCUAUUCCUAAAAACAAACAACAACAAAAAAACACUUACUGACUGUAAACGUUUGAUAAAUUGUGUACAUCGCAGUUGGCAACUGAUGUUGAAAAGACGUCAACUUGACGUUAAAAACAGGUCAAAAAACAGGUCAAAUAUGCAAAUCAAACUGAUGUCGAAAACUUGACAUGACAUUGAUUUGAUGUAAAUUAAACGUCAAACAUAUAUUGGCCUACUUAUACAUUAAACCAGGCUUCCUCAAAUCUUUCCCUGGAGGGCCAAUCAGCUGCAGAGUUUAGCUCCAACCCUGAUCAAACUCACCUACCUGUGAUUUUCUAAUGAUCUUGAAGACUCUGAUUAGCAUGCUCAGGUGUGUUUGAUUAGGGUUAGAGCUAAACUCUGCAGGAGUGGGCCAGAUUUGAGGAUGCCUGCAUUAAACCAAUAUCAGAGUGGGAUUCAUUUACUGUUUUUACCCAAUUACCACUGGAAGAAAUUGCUGUUGUUACAGCAUCUUGAUCAAGUCUUGACUAAUAUUUGACGUCAAAUUGAUAUCAAGGUGCCAGCUGAGAUGGUACUUAAAAGAAUACCAUGGUAUGCGUCCAAAUCCAAUCAUUAGUAUCUAAUAAAGUCUGAUCAUAAAUGCCUGUGAAAAUGUGUAAGAUAAAACGGGAAAUAUUAUUUUAUAUAUUUACAAGUUACAUUCUAAGUGUUAUUAUGGUCGCCCAGCAUACAACUAAUGUAUUUUAAUAUAAUUGAAAGUUGGUUCAAAAUCAUGAUACAGAAAUGAUUAAGCUCCAUUCAGCACUGAAGUGUCAUUUUGAAAAGAUACAACAAACCUGUAGUCGCGAGUGUGUGAGUGCUGCCAUCGUGUGGAUGACUUGUGUUACUGCACCACCGGUACAGCGUAUCUGUGUUUUCAAUUUGUUUUAAUUAUGUGAUCGCACUAUUAACUUUUUUAAUUUAUAUUAGUGAAUUUGUUUAUAUAUGUCUACCUGUAUUUUAACAACUUAUAAGUUUGGAAAAAUAUACCUGAAUGAAAAAAAAAAAAACAUGGAUGUGUCAUUCACAAAUGAACCUGGACACACUUAAUGGAAAUGACUAAGUUUCUUAAGUGUUGGAAAUACAAGCAAUCCAUCAGAUUUAUUUACUUUUCCAUAGCGGUGAUCUCAAAAUAGCCUGAAUAUUACCGAUUAAAUAGCACAAAAAAGGUACAAUUUGUCAUUUCUCUACCUUGAAUGAUCUGCUCAAGGCAAACUGUACUGAAAUAAACUGAAGUGUAACUAAUAAAUACUCUUAAGAUAUGG